AUGUCAAAGUUUCCCAACCAUGGCCUUUUCACUCGCACCGCCGCCGUCUCAUCUCGCUCCACCUCCCUCAUAGCUCACGCCAGAAGAGGCACUCCGCGGCGACGCUCAGCCGCCAUCGCCCCCAUCAGCUCACUCACCUUGUCGUCAGGUCAGCCAAGCAGCCCGGCCAGCUCCGCCCUAGCUGCCGCUCAGCCAACGUCCUCACCAUCACAGCAGCCAUUUAUCGGUCCUCUUACUUACGCUGCGUCGGAAAUCGCAUCGGCUGGUCCUGCAGCGUCAGAUACCUUUUCAUCCUCUAAUUCUCGCGCAGAAUCAUCACAACUCGCCUUCGCCAGCAACGGACAUGUUGUGAAUGACCCUCGUUGGGCUCGCGACCUACAUGCCGAGCAGGUCCUUGGCCUUGUUCGGUCUCCCGAGGCCGCGCCACGCACUACCUUCAGCCCUUUCGACAACGACUUCGCAUCCACAUCAGCGCUUACCCUCGCGGAUCUCGCAGUCCAGCUUCCGUGUCCUGCUUCCAUCUCCGCCGCCGCCCGCCAUCUAGCAAGACCGUCCACAUCUCCCUUCACCGUCUCGUCUUUUGACCGUAUACCCGCAAACCGCACUCAGUCUUUCAACUCAAUACCCCACACACGAAGUGUACACAUCUUCUUUCCCAACGCUGCCGCGUCCCAUGCUCUCAGCUCAGUAGCCACCUCAUCGCUGGAUGCUUCCAAUCAAGCUGCUUCUCUGGAAGCCAGCGCAGCCGACACGUCUUUUGUUCGUCGUCGUAACGCCGGUUCAUCCUCUGCAGAUUAUGUACCCCUUUGGAACGUCUCGGACACCUCUGCACCAGCCUCCUACUCGUACUCGGCGCAAUCCUCGAGUCCUGACUCGCUCGAGCAAGGCUUGGACAGCCUCUCGUUUCUUUCGGCUUCCCCUUUCAAUUCCGAUGCCUCGCUUUUCUCACCUUACCGCAUUCCCGUCAAUCUUCUCAACACCAGCUCACACGCAUUCAACGCACGCGUGGACUCCCUAGCGAAUGGCUCCCUUGGCAGCUCAGGUCGCUUCGCCUCGGCGUCCGAAUGUCAUUCCGUUAUUGCUCCUGACAGAGACGAGACCGACUCGCUCGACCAGCAUCCGGAUGAGACCACCACUUCAACAUGGCAGCCAUUCGCGUCGUCCUCCAAGUCGUCGCGCUCGUCACAUAGCUCAUCUUCCUCGUCCUCGCGACCCCCAACCCCAACUGUCUCUGCACGCCCAAGCCUCGCAACUUCAACCGCUCAGCAGGACUCGUCCGGUGGUCAUGGCAGCGGUUCCAGCACUCCCACGCAGAACAACUCCCUUUCGCCGUAUCAGAUUGAGACUGCGCUUCUCGGACCGACCUCUGUCCUGACCACAGCAGCACGCGGCAAUUUCGACCAACGUCGUGGAGCAGCCGCAGCGGCUGCAGCCGGACCGUCGGACGCUUCCGAAUCUUCGUCGCUCUGGACAAGCUCAUUUACUUCGCCAAAGCAGCGCAGGCUCCACUACUCCUUUGAGCACGGCGCCUACGGCAUUCCCAAGCGUCACCCGUGGGCCGCUGUGCGCGGCAAUGGCAAGCGUGUGCAAGCGGCACCUAAGCCAGUCGCCCGAUCCGGUGCCGUUAGCAUGCUCGCCGCUGCCGCCGAUUUCCUGACUGGCUCGACUUCAGCCUCCGGACCAGCCACGCCGAAAGAGAAGCUGGGAGGCGAGAUGGUCGUCGGCGAAGACGGCCGCCGUCUCGGACUAAAUUCUCCCAUCCGCGAGCACGGCCGCAUCGUUCAGGAUCGACUUCAGUCUGUGCAGGUUGGCGAAGACGCUUAUUUCUUGCGACCCGAUUCCAUCGGUGUAGCAGAUGGCGUGGGCGGGUGGGCAUCGCGCGCCGGAGCAGAUCCAGCACUCUUCUCUCGCCUUCUCAUGCACUUCUGCGCCGCCGAGCUCAGCAAAUUUGACAGUCUCAGCGCUGACGAGCUUGCGGCUCAGGGCGGCAAGAAGCUGCGAGAGUGGGAGCAGCUCGACCCGGUCGAAGUCAUGCACGUUGCCUGGGAGCGUUGCGUUCGCGCAUCACGACGUGAGGGUAUUCUCGGAUCAUCAACGGCACUUCUCGCGGUGCUUAGGGGUGACGAGCUACGCAUCGCCAAUCUGGGGGACUGUGUCCUGCUCAUCAUCCGUGCCGGCGAACUGCUCUUCCGUUCCACUGAGCAACAGCAUUCCUUCAACUUCCCGGUGCAGCUCGGCAUGAUGGGUCACACGGCCGAGAGUGUCACCAUCGCAGCCAACCGCACCUUGUCACGCGACGGAUUCCUGCAGUCGGGCGCCUCAGACGAUCUCGAUGACAACGCUCCCAAUCCGCUUGGCACGACCACAGCCGCAUCGAUGGAUGAAGCGCGCAAGGGAGUCCCCGGCGCCGCCGCAGCCUCCGACGGCGAGGACGACGAAGAAGCUGAAUGGGACGAGCCGCGUCGCGAUGCCGGUCGAUGGGCAGUCAAGGUGCAGAAGGGCGACAUCAUCAUCGUAGGCAGCGACGGGCUGGUGGAUAAUCUGUUCGACGAAGACAUUGUAGAAGAGGUGCUAAAAUUUGCUCCUCCGCCCAGCUCACUUCAACCGAUUCCCGAAGACGAUACGGUCUCGCUCGAAGACGGCAAUCGAGCCAUCGACGGACAGGACGAAUACCGCCUCCCGGACGACUUUUGCCCUCAGCUCGUCUCCGAGGCAUUGUGCUCGCGUGCCAAGGCCGUCUCGGAGGACUCGCGAGCCGUCAGUUCGCCGUUCCAGCAGCGAGCCAUGGAAGAAGGUCUGCAUUAUGUUGGUGGUAAGCACGACGAUAUUUCGGUAGUCGUCGCGGUUGUCGGUGACCCCUCGGAACGACUCAGCCGCGCCGGCUACACGAUUGGACACGAGCAAGACAGCGGUUCGGACUCGGUCGGUGUUCAGCACUCGGCGUCCAUGACCGCCUAG